GUUCCGAACACGAUUUGCGAGCAGCCAUUUAGUAGGUUCCACGACCGCAAGGUCGCAAAAUGCCACCAUUGCUUAAUUAUUGUCAUCGAUGAUUACUCGACUUGGCACUUUUGGCCUUUUGCUGAUGCGUGUAAGAUGCACUCGACUAUAUACGGUGUAAAGAAGGACGAGGGAUUGCUAUCAGUGCCAGCUUAAUGGAUAGAAGCGGUCACGCCCGAUAUAUUCGGACGGGGUUCCGCGCAAAAUCACUGGAUUUGGUGAAGCUGUGUCACCGACCUUGUAAAGAAUUUGUCAAUAGAGUUAUGCAGUUGUUUGAUUUUUUCGUUGUUAGUGGUGUUCCUAUCUAUAGACCUGUAGUAUAAUGGGGUCAUAUUCGGAGUCUACUGAUAAGGCUAGGAGGCACGAGACCCUUAUACAUGAUCAAAUGGGCGCCUCAUUGCAUAGGGAAAAUGUUUGUGAAGCGAUCUACCCAUGCCGAAGAUUCGGCUAUCGGGAAUGCUUUCUAUUCGAAAACAAGAUAUCCUAUGUCGAAACUGGCGAGGAUCAGCUUCAUCGUGGCCUCCAGAGCUACCACUUACAGUUCAUUGCCAUUGGAGGCACUGUCGGUACUGGCUUGUUCCUUGGUAGCGGAGAGGCUCUGGCAACAGCUGGCCCCGUCGGCUGUCUCAUCGCCUUCAUCUUUGUCGGUUCGAUUGUGUUUUCUAUUAUGACUAGUCUUGGCGAGAUGGCAGCGUUUAUACCUGUGGCCGGAUCCUUCACCGUGUACGCUUCUCGAUUCGUCGACCGCUCUCUCGGAUUUGCAAUGGGAUGGAUCUAUUGGUUUAGUUGGUCGAUAACUUUUGCUCUCGAACUUGUGGCGGCUGGCGUCAUUAUCCAGUAUUGGGAUGCGGAUCUCAGCAUCGGAAUCUUCAUUGCCAUCUUUUGGGCAGUCUUUACAGCUAUGAACUUCUUACCCAUCCGAUGGUUUGGAGCCUUCGAAAUGUGGUUCUCCAUGAUCAAGGUUGUCACCAUUAUUGGCUUCAUCAUCUUCGCCAUUUGCAUCGACGCUGGGGCGGGAAGAAAUGGUUACCUUGGGUUCCAUGCUUGGUCUACCCCUGGCCCCUUUGCUGAAUACAUCACAACUGGCAACACAGGCAAAUUCAUUGGGUUCUGGUCAGUUCUGGUCACUGCCGGGUUCAGUUAUCAAGGUGCCGAACUUGUUGGUAUAGGUGCAGGAGAGACCCACGACCCAGCCAAGAAUGUGCCAAAGGCCAUCCGGUGGACGUUCUGGGGCAUAUUCUCAUUAUUUGUGGCAACCAUCUUCUUUGAUCUCUUGAUCGGCACUACCAAUGCCUCAGCAUCACCACUUGUCAUCGCAGCCAAUCUAGCUGGAGUUGCCGUCCUUCCUCACAUCAUCAACGCUGUUCUUUUAACCGCUGUACUCUCCGCCGCGAAUUCGAACGUUUAUUCUGGAAGUCGAAUCUUGGUUGGCUUGGCCACAGAAAACAAUGCUCCCGCACUCCUAAGCCGAACAAAUCAGCACGGAACCCCAUACUUCGCGGUUGGUGCCACUUCAGCAGUCGGCCUUCUUGCUUUCCUCAACCUAUCGGAGAGUGGAGGAAAUGUCUUCAGUUGGUUAUUAAACAUUACCGCGAUAGCUGGCUUCAUUACCUGGUCCUGUAUAAGCAUCUGCCACUUGCGAUUCAUGAAGGUCCUAAAGGCCAAGGGAAUUUCUCGAACAGUGUUACCAUACGCGGCACCCUUACAACCAUACCUGACGUGGUUUGGACUCUUCUUUGCUGUGCUAAUCCUCUUAACGAAUGGAUUCACGGUCUUCAUUGAGUGGAGCACUAGCGACUUCUUUGUGUCGUAUGUCAGCCUGAUCCUAUUCCUCGUCCUUUACGUGGGACACAAGCUUGUAUUCCGGACCAAGUUUAUCAACGUAUCUGAGGUGGACCUUGACCGCGAUAGAGUCAAGAACUAA